CAGCGCCGGUAAAGCGCAGAGGGGUUGGGAUGUAUUUACCGGCGGGGCUGCUUGCCUUCAGGGCGCUUUGGGUUUCCGCCUGUCAGCCGCUGGUGCUUACGGAUAUUUCCAGAUGAGGCGUUGAUUCGGUGUUGAUUCGGAGUUGGUUCGGUGUUGAUUCGGUGUUUCCAGCAGAAUGACGUCGAGAAAAAGACUAAAAUGGAGCUUCAGCUGGGGGCGGUGCCUUGUAGCCGCGGUUAGCUUGUAGCUAGCUGGAUGUUAGGCCUUUCGUUUCCUGCUGCUCCUCAUGCAGGUUUAUUGUUUUAUUCCUCCUUAAAUAAAGCAGGUCUUUGAUGGUUUUAUUUGCUGGGAGAAAUAAUGUUUUACUUCCCUCCGUGGACUGCAAAAGGAGCCGAUAUGAAAGGUCUUAACAGUUUUCCAAAAUUCAUGAACAGACGGGCUUCUGCUAACUGCCGCUACCAGCCCACCGUCUACGAACAUGCUGCAAACUGCUACACUCAUGCCCUCCUCAUCGUCCCGGCCUUCGUGGGCAUGACGUUCCUGCACUGCUUGUCCAACAACAACUGGGAGAGGGUCACGGCCUGGGUGUAUGGACUGGGUCUGUGCGCCCUCUUUGUGGUCUCCACUGUGUUUCAUAUCAUCACCUGGAAAAAGAGCCACAUGAGGUCAGUGGAGCAAUGCUUCCACAUGUGUGACAGAGUGGUCAUCUAUUUCUUCAUCGCUGCCUCUUACACACCUUGGCUGAACCUGCGAGAACUUGGCCCUUUAGCAGCACACAUGCGCUGGUUUGUGUGGCUCAUGGCUGCAGCUGGAACCAUUUAUGUCUUCAACUAUCAUGAGAAGUAUAAACUGGUGGAGCUGGCCUUCUAUCUGACUAUGGGAUUUUUUCCUGCUUCAGUCAUGACCUCAAUGAGCAACACGGACGGUCUGCACGAGCUGGCGUGUGGAGGACUCAUCUACUGCCUCGGCGUGUUCUUCUUCAAGAGUGACGGCGUCAUCCCGUUCGCCCACGCCAUCUGGCACGUGUUCGUGGCGCUGGCUGCGGCCGUGCACUACUACGCCAUCUGGAAGUACCUGUACUACGCUGCCAGUUCGGAGUCCCUCCUCCAGUCCUGACCUACUUUCAACCUGAGCACAGGCAGCCAAGCCCCCCACUGCCCACUUAAGCUGCAACAGUAGAAGUUUACGAAAACGACGACCAUAACUUGUUUACUGUUUUCUUCCAGGAGGAGAGCAGGGUCAUCAGUGUCCUCUGAUGAAUAAUAAGUGUUUGUAGGAGAAGAAACACUCAAAGCUGAGUAUUUGUGACAUUUGAUAGCAUCUUUUUUAAGCACUUGAAUCGAGUCACAUUCCUCUUGAAGCCUCGAUGCAUUUCAGCAGGAGAAAGUAAGGUGCUAAACAUCUGCUUUAAUCAGCAGCUCUUAUUGUUCCCAUUAGAAGAAACCAAAGUUCGAAAUAAAGGUAGCAGCACAAAAACUUUGCCAAAGUAAGGUUUAAAUAUCACAUCUGAAUUAAAAAUGUCAACAAAUUGAUUAACAAAGAAGUAAGGUAGUUGUUUUCUUUUCUCUGAACCAGAAAUGUAGCGAUGAAAUGUGAAGAGGUGUAAGUCAGCUGUGUGCUGGCAGGUUAGCUAAAAGCUCCUCAUGCUUUCUUUUUCAAACAGUUCAACGUGCACUAUCUUUGUUCAAUGCACGCUCACUCGUAACCUUUUCUAGAGAGGCCUGAGUUCUCCUGUAAGUUCUUGGCUCCCUCUGGUGGUAGGUGAUGUGCAGGAGCUUUCCUCAGUAUUUUAAGGUUUCAGGAGAAACUGGUAGAUGUUAAUGAGCCAAAUGAGGAGACUCCCAAUUAAAAGCAGUGUUUUUUUUAUAAAGUGUGUCUUUCUGUGAGUGUGUGUGUGCUGUAACAUUUCCUGUCAUGUUUUUAAUUUUUGCACAUCUAUGGUGAACAGUGUUUCAUAUCAUGAGGAUAUUCUGAUCAGAGUUUGUUUUUGUACCUUUGCUUCCUGUCCAUGUUUUCCUCCUACUGAUGUCUGAAACCGAAUCACUGCACAGAGUGUAAUAAUCAUGACUAAAUCCUCUUAACUAGGCUGUUUUGUAUUUUCUAUCUUGUGCUUUUCUGUUGUUGAUUACAUGGUCCUGGCCUCUUGCAGAGAUUACUUGCUUUAUUGGUGUUUGUUUUACUAGCUGGUAAUGGUGCUGCAUAAAAUAUGAACGCUCCUCCACUGUACUGAAAAUCACUUUGGUAAUGUGACAAUAAAGGCAACAAUGUCUGCAGCUCA